UGCAGGGGCCACAGCGCCACGGGCGGUCCGGCAAGUUGGCCUGAGCCACCCGCAGCGCCGGAAGCAGAGGGCCCCGCGGGGCGCUGGCCCUGGGGCGAUCGGGCCCUCCGGGCGCUGGAGACGGAGAGGUGAAGGGGCGGGAACCGCGGCCGCCCCGGAGCUGGCUGCUGGCCAGGCGGCGGGAGCUGGAGGUUUCUAGGAUGGCAGCGGUCCCCGAGCGCCGCACUCUCGCCUCCGCGCCCCGCGUGAGCAGUGCUUCGGGUCCUUCCCAGCCGCCUCCGCUGCCUCCAGCGGGUUUACCUUCUUCAGUGCUGUCUUUCUCAUGCUUUCCCGGAGGUGUUGCGUUGGUUUUAAGCCCUUGCUGGUGUCGUCCGAGGAGAGGGAAUGGUCACUUGUACCGGUGCUCACUUGGGUUUAAUGAGACGACGCCUAGAAGGAUUAAAACAAGGUGAGCCAAGCAUGACGGGCAAAACACAGACCAGCAAUGUUACCAAUAAGAAUGACCCCAAGUCCAUCAACUCAAGGGUUUUCAUCGGCAAUUUAAAUACAGCCAUUGUCAAAAAAGUGGACAUUGAAGCUAUUUUUUCCAAGUACGGGAAAAUUGUUGGCUGCUCCGUUCACAAAGGGUAUGCUUUCGUCCAGUACAUGAGUGAGCGCCAUGCAAGAGCUGCGGUGGCUGGAGAAAAUGCCAGGGUCAUCGCAGGCCAGCCUCUUGAUAUUAACAUGGCAGGGGAACCCAAACCAUACAGACCAAAGCCUGGAAACAAGAGGCCACUGUCUGCUCUUUACAGGCUUGAAUCAAAGGAGCCAUUCCUGUCUGUUGGUGGUUAUGUCUUUGACUAUGAUUACUACAGAGAUGAUUUCUACAAUCGGCUGUUUGAUUACCAUGGACGUGUGCCUCCGCCUCCUCGAGCUGUCAUCCCACUGAAGCGUCCCAGAGUGGCUCUCACCACCACUCGCAGGGGAAAAGGCGUCUUUUCCAUGAAAGGGGGGUCCAGAUCUACUGUUGGUGGGUCAUCUUCAUCAGGCUCUAAAUUGAAAUCAGAUGAGUUACAGACAAUCAAGAAAGAAUUAACCCAGAUCAAAACUAAAAUUGACUCCUUGCUAGGGCGCCUGGAGAAGAUUGAGAAGCAGCAGAAGGCAGAGGCAGAAGCUCAGAAGAAGCAGUUGGAGGAGAGUAUAGAGCUGAUCCAAGACGAGUGUGUGUCAGAGAAUGCAGACCACUCCACAGAGGAGCCUGCUGAAGGAGGGCAAGAAGCGGAUGGAGGAGAAAUGACUGAUGGGGUAGAGGAGGACUUCGAUGAAGAUGGGGGUCACGAGCUGUUUCUACAGAUAAAGUGAUCUGAAGUUGUACACAAUAUUGUAAAAGAAGAAAAGGAAACUGUGACUUGUGGAGAAAUGCGAAAGGUGGUUUCGUUCUGAACAGCAGCCCCUCCAAUUCAAUUUAUAUAAAAGUUCCAGUCACAGGGACAGUAUUGUUCACUUUUAGACAUGCCAUUUCUUCUGUGUUACAAGCUGUACAAUGGUUGUUGUAUGGAUUACAUUGUAAAUGUGUUUCCCCUCUUGCUAUUUAUGUUUUUUAAGUCUUAAAGUGUGAAGGACAUUAAUGGAUGGUGAGAGAGACCCUGUAUACAAAUGUAUAUUUGUAAAAGCUAUUUUUAUGAUUAGCAUGUGUCAUUGUUGAUCACAUAGUCAUGUGGUAUUGCAAUCCAACAUUUAAAGCUUGUUUCCAACAAUGUCAUACGGAGAAUAUACAUUGUAUGCUAGUUUUUAUAAUUUAUUUUCAAUUUAUAGUCUAAAGUACCUUAGACCAUGUGGAAAACUAUUUGAAAAAGCUAUAUUUCUGCCCUCUAUAAGCACCAUUUUAUUAAUAAAAGAAUGCAGUUAUUUCAGAAGUGAUGCAACCAUUUAAGGACUUUGGUUUGACAUGUGAGCAUGCUUGGCACUAGUGAGCUGAAAUGAUCCAAUCAUCACCUAUUACUUGAGACUGACUGUGAGAUUCUGUGGACAGUUUUCAGCACUUGAGCAGAUGAGAAGCAGAUUAAUAAGGAAAAGAUUGUCUUGUCCUGGGAUCCAAAAGUUUCAGUUAGUGCACACACCCCUCCAUCUCAUCUCCUAGUCCUCAGAAUCCUCCAUUCCCAAGCAUUGUGUUUUCCAAAUACUCUUGGCUAUUGUCUUGUGCAGUGGAAAUGGGAGAGACCAUCCCCACUGGCUGUAGGCACAUUCAGCACAUAAUUUCUUAAUAAAUACUGGUUCUUUUAAAACACA